CGUAAAUUUUGAGUUACAUCUCUAUAUUAUUAAACGUGGAAUGUGUAUGGACGUAUAUAUAUGUCUAUCUACUGGUUAAAAAGUAAAGAUUGACACAUAAAUAUUUAUCCGAAAUCGUUAUAACAAUUGCGAUUGAUAAAAUGAACGCUUAGCGCAGAGCGCGCUGAGGCGAGUGGUGGCAAUGUCGUCGGAUACUAUUGAGCGCACAGAUAAGAUUACUUCGCCUUAGCGGGCUAGCGCUAGGGCAAUUUCCAUAAAAUUUAAGUUCCCUGAGAGUUUCCAAAAACAGUAAGUAGGUGCUAUUGGAGUGUAAAGCGUCAUCGGCACGGUCGAAUGCCUCACGUCAACGUAUUGUUAUACAUAUCUAUAUACGUUUACUAUACUAUAUGUAUAUAGGCGGACAAUUGUUGCAUUUCUUAUUGGUAAUCGUGUCUGACGUCGUCUAGCGACACGCUGCAGGAAUACAGCGGGAAACACUAUAUGUAUUGACCAACGCUCUCCUAAGUAAGUUGCUGGAGGAACUUACGAAAACGCAAACUGUGAUAAUCAAUAUAGCCAGCGGUUUUGAAUUUCGCCUUCGCGCACUCAACCAAAACAUAUUUACACAAACAGAAUAUGCACAUGGGCUACAUAAGUACAUAUGUACAUCCAUUCGCGCCGUAGUUGGCAAACAUAUGUGAUUUUUUUUACCCCUUCCGCCAACUUCCUUUGACAGCCUCUCUUUCAAGCACCUCAAUAUGCAAACGAGCAGCAGCAGCAAUAGCAGUAACCACAGCCAUUACAAUGUAGCACCCUCAACACCAGUCACUCCUGGCACGCCCGAUUCAGCGGGCAUAUUAGUCGGUGCUGCGGGUCGAGCUGUUUACGAGAAACGUAAUAAAACGAUAAUGCACUAUUUUCGUGACCGCACACCGAGUCAUACGCGUGCACAACAACAGCAACUCUACUAUCAAUACCAUCAGGAGCAGCCACAAGUCAGAUUAAACCGCAGGCGACCAGAAGCAGUAAUUUAUUUAAAGGAACCACAUCCAAUCAACAAGCUGGCGCUACUAAAAAGUGCAAGUACACGCGACUUGUCGCGUUUGGUUGUCGAGGAAAAGCAACCAGUUGCUCCUACACCACGGGCAAUGAUUACACAUUUUGACAGCUCAACAACUAGCAGCACCGGCACUGCCUCCUCGAGAGAGUCAACAGCGGAUGACCAUAAGCGACAACGCGCACGUGAACGUAACUACUGUGAGGAGUAUUGUGGGCAACGUAUCACCGAGCUAGAAACACGUAUAACACACUUGGAACAGCAAGUGCAAAAUGAGCGGACCGUGGCACAGGAUCUAUCCACGCGCAUACAUGAACUCUUGCGACGCGUAGAGCAGCUAAGCCAAUUAAAUGCGCCUGAUAAGCGAAAACGCAGCAGCAUGCGCAAAAAAGCGUCACAGGGAAACGCAAAUAUGAACUCACAAGCUUCAGUGCAGCCUUCAAAGUUAGUGGCGUGGAUGAAUUUGUCAAACUGGUUUAAGCAACGGCCAAGUAUUGCAACGCUGAAAGAACAGAAUAUCUAUAAUGAUGAGCCUUGUUUCGAUACAGAAAUCGAAAUGGUACUCAAACACGAGGUACACAAAACUGUGCCGAAAAUCGUUGUGGACUGCUGUGAUUUGAUCGAGGAACGUUAUCGCAAGUCUUCAGAGCCCAUCGAGGGCAUUUACCGGCAAUGUGGCGAUUAUAAUAAAAUGCAAAGUCUGCGCUUUCGCAUCGAUGCAAAUGAUUAUGAGUCAUUGCGGCAACCAAAUGUCGACAUUCAUACAUUGACCGGCGUGCUAAAAUUAUUUCUACGCGAAAUAAAAAGUCCACUUGUGAGCGCAAAUGAAGCGAGGACUUUUAUUGGUAAACCGAAUCAGUGGGUCUUAAUGGAUGUUGCAGCGAAAAUCGAAAUUCUCAAAAGACUGAUCCGUACAUUGCCGGAAGUAAAUAGGGAUACAAUGAAUUACAUAUUUGCGCAUUUAAACAAACUCACAAAAGUGCCUCUACAGCAAGUCAGCGCCGAUACGCUUGCCAUUUCCAUAACCCCCACCAUUUUUCAUCCCGUUCAGAAGGGCGCAAACAUGCAGGAUUUACAAGAGUUGGUCAGAGAGAGUCAACUGCUGGCGGAUUGUGUUAAAAUUAUGAUCGAAUAUCAAAGUCGAAUAUUCGAAUGCUCGGUCGAGCGACGGCAUAAACGAAUCAGUGUGCGACGCUUGCGGAAGACACUCUCUCAACCGGAUAUGAUUUUCCAAAAUUUCUUUUGAUCAAAUAAUACUAGGAUUAUAGAUUGUUAAGUAUUUAACAAAAAAUUUUAUAAAAAAUAAACUGAUUUUUAUUUAGAAAAAUGCUUACUUUU